AUGACUCAAGCACGUGCCACCAUGAGUCUGGGCAGUGCAUAUGUCCACCGGGCUCCACUGGUGGCAAUUGCGAGGAGAUCUGUCCACUUGGUCUUUUUGGACAAGAUUGUCUUGGAAUAUGCGACUGCAAGGACGAUGGGGAAUGCGAGCGUGUCUAUGGUUGGAAAGUGCAUCUGUCUGCCUGGCUGGAAGGGGAAGAAAUGCGAAGAGCCUUGUCCCGAAGGCACCUUCGGCCCUGACUGUGCCAUGAACUGCACUUGCCUUAACGAAGGCGUGUGCCACGCGGACGAUGGGAAAUGCGUCUGUCCGUUCGGAUGGAUGGGUCCAAACUGCACAGAGGGUGAGUCGGGAUCGCUUUCGCUAAGAACUCUUGGAGAUGUAAGUCGCCUCAUGGACUCCUUGAUCUUUAACCAGCUUGUCCCGAGGGAUAUAUCGGGGAUGGGUGCACUCUGA